AUGGAAGCAGGAAACCACACAGAAGUAUCAGAAUUCCUCCUACUGGGCCUCUCAGAGGAUCCUGAACUUCAACAGCUUCUCUUUGGAGUGUUGCUGUCCAUGUACCUAGUCACCAUUCUUGGGAACCUCCUCAUCACCUUGACCAUCAUCUCUGACACCCAUCUCCACACUCCCAUGUAUUUCUUCCUCUCCAAUCUAUCUGUUCUUGACAUCUGCAUCAUCUCCACCACUGUCCCGAAGAUGCUGGUGAAUGUCCAGGCACAGAGAAAAGACAUCUCCUACAUAGGGUGCUUCACUCAGGUCUAUUUUUUUAUGAUUUUUUCGUUACUGGACAAUUUCCUCCUGACUGUCAUGGCCUAUGACCGGUUUGUGGCCAUCUGCCACCCACUGCACUACAUGGUCAUCAUGAACCCACACCUCUGUGGUCUCCUGGUUCUGAUGUGCUGGUUUAUCACUUUCUGGGUAUCCCUGCUUCAUAUUCUGCUCUUGAGGCGUCUGACCUUCUGUAUAGGUACUGAAAUUCCACAUUUCUUCUGUGAACUGCCUCAGGUUAUCAAAUUAGCCUGCUCUGACCGUCUCAUCAAUAACAUCACCAUUUAUGUGGCAACUGCCCUGCUGGCUGUGCUUCCUCUCACUGGAAUCUUCUUCUCUUACUCUCAAAUUGUCUCCUCUAUAAUGCGAAUUUCCUCUGCAGGAGGAAAACAUAAAGCAUUUUCCACCUGUAUGUCUCACCUCUCUUCAGUCUCUUUGUUCUAUGGGACAGGCCUGGGCGUCUACCUCAGUUCUGCUGUGACAAAUUCUUCCCACAGAAGCUCGAUUGCCUCAGUGAUGUACACCGUGGUCACCCCCAUGCUGAACCCCAUCAUCUACAGCCUGAGGAACAAGGAUGUGAAGGGGGCCCUGAGAAGGCUCCUCCGCCGAGCUGCCCCUUGUCUGCGAGGCAUCACUAGCCUCAACUAA